AUGGAUGUGGAUGCACCUAACAUAUUAAAAAGGUGCAGCAGCGCACCUCUUAUCAAUGAGGCAGCUUCAACGGCAGUUACAUCGCCCACAACGAACACAGCGCCCAGGAGCACGUCGUUCUUCAGCAUGUUCACAAAUAAUAACCUGUCGCGCACGCGGAGGCACAGCGGCAGUUCUAGCCCACUCACGGCACCCAUCAAUUUGUCGAGCGUGUGGGGCCGCCGUAUGACGCCGCGCGUGAGCCAGCUGCGCGCCGAGGAGUGCGCCGACGUGAGCAACACCCGCGAGGUGGCGCACGAGCGCGAGGUGCACACCGCGAUGCAGAUGGGCCAGUCGUGCGAGGACCUCACGCUGGUCGGCGGCGCCGCCCACUCGCCCACCAGGGCGGCCAGGUUCUCGCCGGUGGUCUCGCCGUCGCCCACGCGCAAGUACACGACGCGGCGCAGCCUCUCGCCGAUCGCGAUCCGCGCCGCCACGCUCAGCCCGGUGGGGCGGCCGGCGCUGCUCGCGGGCAAGCGGCGCUGCGACGACGGCCACUCGCCGCUCUCGAAGCGCGCGUGCACCGGCCGGCUCACGCCCACCACGCCCUCCACGCCCGACUCGGACGCGCCCGAGUGCACCUUCAGGCCGGUGUCGCCGCGGCCGCGCCCGAUGGCCGACUCGCCGCCGCCAGACCGCCGCGGCGCGCUCGAGCCCAGC